UGUAAAAUGUUUAGUCUUGAAGCACUAGUUUUAUGCAUUCAAUCAUUUGCAGUGGUUAACUCAUGCACCUCAUUUUUUCAGGGUGGAACUAGUUCUAAAGCUAAAUCUUCUGACGGAGCUGGGUUGGAUGAUAAUAUCCCGGAGAAAGAGCUGAACCUGAUCAGCUCCAACCAGGACGGCCGGAUUAUCCUUGAUCUCUAUUAUGAAACCUUAUGUCCUGACUCAAGAUCAUUUAUCCUACGUCAGCUGGAGCCAGCUGUAGAACAAAUCGCAGAUAUUUUCAGUAUAAACUAUAUUCCCUACGGGAAGGCAAGGACGUAUAAAGAUGAUGAUUAUACAUUUAGAUGCCAACACGGUCCACUUGAAUGCCAGGGAAACAUUUACCAUGCCUGUUCAAAUAACUAUAUCGAAGACUCAGGGAAAAAAUUUGAAUUUAUCAGAUGCAUGAUGAUGGAUAACUAUGACCCCGAGGCAGCUGCCCGAAGGUGCGGGUCAGAGUAUACUCUUGAAAUUGAACCAAUAGUACAGUGUGCACGGGGACCUGAGGGAAAACAGCUGCUGGCACACGCUGGUCGACUUACAAGCAAACUCAACCCAAAGAUGACAUUUGUACCAACUAUUCUCUUGAACAGGAAGCACCACUCCCAGCGGCAAAUACUGAGAAAUCUUAAAUCGGAAAUAUGUCGUCAUUACAAGGCCUCUAAUGGGACGAAUAUUCCUGAAAACUGUGUGCUGUGAUGAUAACAAUUUAAUACUGAAGAAAUAUUCAUCUUACUAUACACAUAUCUCUAUUGUUGUAAAUAAACAAAAAUACUAAUUCUCAAUUUAAAAAA